UUCCGAACAACGAUGACGCCGCAUAAAUUUCACUCACGCGGACCCACACCCAGUGCACUGCACACAGUUAUCCCUACGCUCAGAAAGUUGGAGACAAUCAUGCCGUCUCCGUUUCGAAAACCCUAACUUGUUCCAAUUCAGACAUGGACCACGAAGAUUCUCCCAACGGCGAUUUCGCCCACUACGACGGCCGCUGCGUCUCCAAGAAACCUAAACUAACCCGCUUCAUAUCCGAACCUGAAAUCCGCGACGAGUUCUCGCACCACCAGCCCGGCAUCUCCCGUAUUAACAACGGCAGCUUCGGGAGCUGUCCCAAGUCCGUGCUUGCUUCACAGCAAAAUUGGCAACAGAAGUUCCUUCAACAGCCUGACGAUUUCUACUUCAACACUCUGCGAAAGGGAAUAUUGCACUCCCGUACCCUCAUCAAAGACCUCGUUAACGCUGAUCACGUGGAUGAAAUCUCCCUUGUCGAUAAUGCUACUACCGCUACCGCCAUCGUCCUUCAACAAAUCGGACGUGGGUUCGCUGAAGGGAAGUUCAAUAAAAACGACACCAUCUUAAUGCUCCACUGCGCAUUCCAGGCCGUCAAGAAAUCUAUCCAAGCUUACGUCAUGCGUGCUGGCGGCUCAAUAGUCGAAGUUCAGUUACCUUUCCCGCUGAUUUCGGAGGAAGAAAUUAUCAGAGAAUUUAGGAAAGGUCUGGAGAAGGGCAAAGAGAACGGCAAAAAAGUUCGGUUAGCGAUAAUUGAUCAUAUUACGUCAAUGCCAUGUGUUGUCGUUCCUGUUAGUAAAUUGGUUAAAAUUUGUCGAGAGGAAGGUGUUGAACAGGUUUUUGUAGACGCGGCACAUGCUUUAGGUAGUGUGAAAAUUGAUGUUAAAGAAAUUGGAGCUGACUUCUAUGUUAGUAACUUGCACAAAUGGUUUUUUUGCCCACCAUCGGUUGCAUUUUUGUACUGUCGAAAAUCAGAUGUAUCCACUGGUAUGCAUCACCCUGUGGUUUCUCAUGAAUUUGGCAAUGGAUUGCCAAUAGAGAGUUCAUGGAUUGGUACCAGAGAUUACAGUGCGCAGCUCGUAGUACCUUCAGCUAUGGAGUUUGUGCGUAGGUUUGAAGGGGGAAUUGAUGGGAUCAUGACAAGAAACCACAAGCAAGUACUGAAGAUGGGGAAAAUGUUAGCUGAGUCUUGGGGAACAAACCUUGGCUCGCCACCUGAGCUGUGUGCAGGGAUGAUUAUGGUUGGCUUACCUUCAAGAUUAAGGAUUUUGAGUGAGGAGGAUGCUUUGAGGUUGAGGGGGCAUUUGAGGGUUCAUUUUGGGGUUGAGGUCCCUAUCUAUUAUCAGCCACCAAAGGAUAAUUGUGAGUGUUGUGCUAGGGACAAGGAUGGGGUUAUAACUGGGUAUGCCAGGAUUUCUUAUCAGGUUUAUAAUUCAUUGGAGGAUUAUGAGAAGUUUAUGAAUGCGAUAAAUAGCCUUGUUGACAAGAAACAAGUUUGCAAAAUGCUUUUGACAGAGUAAAAGAAUGAGUUGGAUGUAAACAGAUCGGCAGUAUAUUGGGGACUAACAUCUGAUUCAUCAGUUAUUUUGCCUGUCUUGGUUUUCGCAUGACAGAACUUCGAACCCUCCACACCCUUGCUAAGUUAGGCUGUUAUAUGUUCUUUUACUGAACUUACAAGUUACCCUGCAAACCUUCCUGCACUGACACAAUGUGCUACUUGGUGGAGCCUUGUUAUUUCCAUCUCUGUAUUGAUGACAAUAAUUAUAUGCAGGUUGGCAUUUUUAAGUAGUUUCAGCUGCCUUUGCUUGAAUAUAUAUUUUACAUCUAUAUCUAUAAGACAGCUCCAUUCUGUGUUA